CAUACUCAGACAGCAGAGCCAACCCAUGCAGGAACUAACUUCUGAGCAAACCAGCAGCAUCUUGGUGAGCAUUAUGGUGAGUUCUCUUCUCCAUCAAAAGGUAACACAAUUCAUGGACAUUCUGAUUUCUCCUUUUCUUGUCUUUGUUUCAACCUUAUACAAUCAACUUGUAGCAGCUUGAAUGGCCUAAUGACUUUGUUUAUUGUGUGUUUUUUAAUAGUUGUAUCAGGCAUUAGACCCUUGUGACAUAAUAAAGGCUCAAAUGGUUGAAGUUUGAGACUAAGAACAUUUACAGCACCCUAGAAGGGCUCUGACCUCAUCUGUAUACCCUAGCUGUGAGAACAGUUCUUGGGAGCUUUCUAGAAUGUAACUCUGUGUAUCCCUAUGUACAGCAAAAAUGUGUUUAUUUGUUCUCUCAAUUUGGUCAGUGUCACAACUAGAGUGGUCUGGCUAGGUCUCCUGGUUUGUUGUGUUCUUAUUUUUUCUGAACUUAAAUAACUUCUUUUGGGAAGGUUCAUAAAUUUGAAAAUAAUAAAUAAAAUUUAAAUUAAAAAAUUCCCAUUAGUGCUUACUUUCAUUAAUCAAUGUUUUUCAUUUUGAAUUAUAAUUUGCAGUUUUCUGGUUCUUUUGGUAAAAUCAGUGGGUAUCCUUAAGACAUGGAAAUGGCUGUGUGCUUAUUCUCUAAGCCCCAGUCCAUUUAGGGAAAGGUUUUUUAGUAACUAGAAAAGGGUGUACUGUCUGUUAGAACAGCUCUGGGUGAAAUGUCUUAGGAAAAGAAAAGCAAAAUCUUUCUACAGAUUCAAUUCCACAAGGCUUUUUUGUGCUCCAUACUCUCCCAUAUGACCAUUCUUCCCUAAGACUGGAUGACAUGUUGAGUAUUUCAGCCUGUUACAUGGUUUAGAAGUGUUGCUGGAUUGUGUGAUUUGUGUUCUCAUCAUCAUGUGUUUAUGGUUUAUCAGAUUUCAGUAGCAGUUAUAAUAGCAAUCUAUGUUUUAUAAUACUAUUAGGUUAAAAACUGAAUGUAGAGGGGCAGUGAGACAGCUCAUAAAGUUUGAUCUUGGACCAUGGUAGAACCUUAAGAACCUGAAGCAGGAGCGUCAUAUGUUAAAGCCAACUUAGGCUUCAAGGUGACACCCUAUCUCAAACCAAGAAGGUAUUGGUCAGGAAAGCUGUUACCCAAGUGGCCAAAGCCAAGAAGUUAUAGACAAAUGUUUCUGAUUCCUGGUCUCCUGACAGUAACUGGAUGAGUUUUAUUCUUGGUUUCCACUUGUAUUCCUUUUAUGGCAUUUGUUCAGACAAAGGCCUAUUAUACCCUAAGGCUAUAGUGUUAGAAGCAAGUAGAUACUGUUUCCAGACUGUUGGACAAAGAUACCCUAAAGGGACAUUUGUACUUCAUUUGACUAAAAACUAUUUAAACAGUGUUCCCCAGUGAAUUUCCAUUUAUCUAGGAACAUCAUGCUGAUGGAUGUAAAAUCCCAGAGCCUUCCAGAGAAAAAUUGUGUUCCAGAGAGAGAUUUCUGGUUUCUCUGACCACCAUGCAGGACAGAAUGGAGUCAAACAGCAAUGGGACAAUGAUAGGUACUCUCUUUCUACCCACCAAAGGUGGAGCACUUCCCAGCCGGAGCUACCUUCCUGCCACUGUGUGAUCCACAUUCUGAUUCUGGGACAGGAGGAGAUCAGAAGAGGUUGGAGGCUGAAAAAUAGCCAGAAGCAGCCUGUCUCCCCGCCCCUGAGCAGGAGCACAAAACCAGAAGUCCCUGCCUUGUACAGGCAGCUCUGAAAGCCUACUGGGAGCAUCAAGGCUGCAAACGCUGGAUUGAGAAGCCGCAACUGUGACUCUGCAUCAUGAAUACUCUGUCUGAAGGAAAUGGCACCUUUGCCAUCCAUCUUUUGAAGAUGCUAUGUCAAAGCAACCCUUCCAAAAAUGUAUGUUAUUCUCCUGCGAGCAUCUCCUCUGCUCUAGCUAUGGUUCUCUUGGGUGCAAAGGGACAGACGGCAGUCCAGAUAUCUCAGGCACUUGGUUUGAAUAAAGAGGAAGGCAUCCAUCAGGGUUUCCAGUUGCUUCUCAGGAAGCUGAACAAGCCAGACAGAAAGUACUCUCUUAGAGUGGCCAACAGGCUCUUUGCAGACAAAACUUGUGAAGUCCUCCAAACCUUUAAGGAGUCCUCUCUUCACUUCUAUGACUCAGAGAUGGAGCAGCUCUCCUUUGCUGAAGAAGCAGAGGUGUCCAGGCAACACAUAAACACAUGGGUCUCCAAACAAACUGAAGGUAAAAUUCCAGAGUUGUUGUCAGGUGGCUCCGUCGAUUCAGAAACCAGGCUGGUUCUCAUCAAUGCCUUAUAUUUUAAAGGAAAGUGGCAUCAACCAUUUAACAAAGAGUACACAAUGGACAUGCCCUUUAAAAUAAACAAGGAUGAGAAAAGGCCAGUGCAGAUGAUGUGUCGUGAAGACACAUAUAACCUCGCCUAUGUGAAGGAGGUGCAGGCGCAAGUGCUGGUGAUGCCAUAUGAAGGAAUGGAGCUGAGCUUGGUGGUUCUGCUCCCAGAUGAGGGUGUGGACCUCAGCAAGGUGGAAAACAAUCUCACUUUUGAGAAGUUAACAGCCUGGAUGGAAGCAGAUUUUAUGAAGAGCACUGAUGUUGAGGUUUUCCUUCCAAAAUUUAAACUCCAAGAGGAUUAUGACAUGGAGUCUCUGUUUCAGCGCUUGGGAGUGGUGGAUGUCUUCCAAGAGGACAAGGCUGACUUAUCAGGAAUGUCUCCAGAGAGAAACCUGUGUGUGUCCAAGUUUGUUCACCAGAGUGUAGUGGAGAUCAAUGAGGAAGGCACAGAGGCUGCAGCAGCCUCUGCCAUCAUAGAAUUUUGCUGUGCCUCUUCUGUCCCAACAUUCUGUGCUGACCACCCCUUCCUUUUCUUCAUCAGGCACAACAAAGCAAACAGCAUCCUGUUCUGUGGCAGGUUCUCAUCUCCAUAAAGACACAUAUACUACACAGGGAGAGUUCUCUCUUCAGUAUCCCUACCACUCCUACAGCUCUGUCAAGAUGGGCAAGUAGGGGGAAGUCAUGUUCUAAGAUGAAGACACUUUCUUCUUGUCAGCCUGAUCUUAUAAUGCCUGCAUUCAACUCUCCCUGUCUUGAAUGCAUCUAUGCCCUUUACCAGGUUAUGUCUAAUGAUGCCAAAUACCUUCUGCUAUGCUAUUGAUUGAUAGCCUAGCCAGUAAUUUAUAGCCAGUUAGAACUGACUUGACUGUGCAAGAAUGCUAUAAUGGAGCUAGAGAGAAGGCACAAACACUAGGAAAGGUUGCUGUUUUUGCAGAGGACACAGGGACAUUUCCCACCACUCACAUGGCUGCUUACAACCUCUGGAAAUUCCAGUUUCUGUCCAUGACUUGAUUCCUUUCUUUGGCUUCUACUGGCUCCAGCAUCCUGCACAUACAUGUAUCGUCAUUCAGUUACACACAAACAAGUAAAAUUUUAAAAAUAAAUAAAAAUUUAAAGAGAGAGUCUAAAAUUUUAGUAAUGGUUAGAUAAUAGCUGCUAUUGUGCCUUUUUCAGGUUUUAAUGUCAUUAUUCUUGUGUAUAAAGUCAAUAAUUUAUAGGAAAACAUCAGUGCCAUGCUGUGAUCUUAUCUUCAUCCCCUUUCAAACACAUUGUUUAACCAUCAAGCAGUGACUCUCCAUUCUUCCUCCCUUUGGACAUAUAACCACCAAUCUUCUCUCUGUCUCUGUAGCUUUAUCUAUUUUGGACAUUUUAUAUAGACUGCCUCUUUGCUAUCUUGAUAAUGUCCUUUGAUGCAUACAGAUUGCUUUUUUUCCAGUGAUGUUCUCCUUAUUUAAUACUGUUCUGAUCAUGAGGUAUGCAUGCUGCAGCUAAGAAUCUCACUACUAAAGUCAAGUAUAGAAAUAACUGUUCUUAUGUUUUCCUCCAAGGCCUUCAUGGAUUAUACCUUAUAUAUCUAGGUCACUGUUCCAGUUUGAAUUAAAUUCCAUAUGUGGUGUGGUGUUGGA